UUUUAGAUUUUUCUUUAAUAUUACCGUAAGGUGGCGUUGUUUCUUGUGUUUAGUAGAAGACAUUUUGCCGCAGUGUAACUAUUGUAAACAAGAACUUGGUGAUUAAAGUAUCGUACCGAGUGUUGGUUUAGACAUUUUGUAAGAUUUAUUGUAACCAUAAGAAGUUUCUAACAAGAAUUAAACAAGUUAAGGAAAUGUAGGAAGAACGGUAGAGCUUAGACUGAACGUAAGACCUACGGUAAUAGUGACGCUUAACACUGGUAUCUUCCUGCAACAAAGACUGAGGCCUCACGGGAAGGUGGGUGACUGUGGAAAUGGCGGGAAGUUGGAACUCUCUAGCUGUCUGUAUUCUGUUUUUUACAUCAGUACUUGCAGUUGAACCACCGAUGUUACAACCUGAUGAGUUUCCAAGCGACAUUGAGCUGGGUUCGAGAGUACAAAUCGUCUGCUAUCUCAAGAAAGGUGAUUUACCAGUUACCUUUAGGUGGAACAAAGAUGAAAAACAACUAUUGACCAACGAACGAAUAACUAUCUCAAGUUCAGAUUCUAUCUCAAGUAAUUUAAGAAUCCAGAGAGUUAUUUCUGAAGACGUUGCCAACUAUUCCUGUACAGGCACUAAUUCAGCAGGAUCUGACAGUUUUACAGCAGCUCUGAUCGUUAGAGGUAAUGUUAUCUAAAGUAACAUACAGUAAUUAAACAAGAUCUGACAGUUUUACAGCUGCUCUGGUCGUUAGAGGUAAUGUUAUCUAAAGUAAUACACUGUAAUUAAACAAGAUCUGACAGUUUUACAGCUGCCCUGAUUGUUAGAGGUAAAGUAACCUGAUGUAACGUAUUGGAA